UCUGGGCUGCCCUGCCCCGCGCCACGCCAGACCUGCGCCCCACGUCCUGCGCCCCAUCCCGCAGCGCCCGCCACCAGCGCCCCCGUCCCCGCCCUAUUCGGACCUGCCCUGGUCCCGGCCCCACCGCCAUGAGCUGCUUCGAGGAGGAGGGCGACUGGAGCCUGUCCUUCAGCGGCGCGGCCUUCCUCGGCCUCUACCACGUGGGCGUGGCCCACUGCCUGCGGGAGCGCGCCCCGCGCCUCCUCCAGGGCGCCCGCCGCAUCUACGGCUCCUCGGUCGGCGCGCUCAACGCCAUCUGCAUCCUCAUGGGACGGCCCGUCGAGUUCUGCUGCGACCGGCUGCUGGAGCUGGCCAAGCAGGUGGAGCAGCUGAGCCUGGGCGUGUUCCACCCCGCCUUCGCGCCCAUCGAGCACAUCCAGCAGCAGCUGCGGGCCUUCCUGCCCAGUGACAUCCACAUCCGGGCCUCCCAGCAGCUGGGCAUCUCCCUGACCCGCUGGCCCGACGGCCACAACGUCAUCGUCACGGACUUCGCCAGCCGCGAGGAGGUCAUCCAGGCCUUGAUCUGCACCCUGUACAUCCCUUUCUACUGUGGGGUGAUCCCCCCCGAAUUCAGAGGGGAGCGCUACUUCGACGGGGCUCUGAGCAACAACCUGCCCUUCUCGGACUGUCCCAGCACCAUCACCGUGUCGCCCUUCACCGGGACGGUGGACAUCUGCCCCCCGAGCACCUCGGCCAACGUGCUCGAGCUGAACGCCUUCAACGCCAGCUUCCAGUUCUCCACCAGGAACUUCUACCUGGGGUUCACCUGCAUCGUCGCGCCCAGCCCCGAGAUGUUGGUUCACUACUGCAGACAAGGCUACCUGGACGCCCUGAGGUUCCUGGAGAGACGCGGACUCACCCAGGAGCCGGUGCUGUGGACGCUGGUGUCAAAGGAGCCCCCGGCCCCAGCCCAAGGGACCCGGGACACUGGCCAAGAUGGAGGCCAGAAGAACGGCCUGUCGCUCAACUGGGCGGUGCCCAGCGUGCUGGUCAAGGAUGUGCCCAACUUCAAGCAGCUGUCGCCGGAGCUGGAGGCCGCCCUGGAGAAGACAAGUAGGAGGGACCCCAGGCCCUGGGCCCGCUUCCGCCGCUCGACGCCCGGGAAGGCGCUGACCUACCUGCUGCUGCCCUGCACGCUGCCCUUCGAGUACGUCUACUUCCGGGGCAGAAGGCUGGUCCUGUGGCUGCCGGACCUGCCGGCUGACCUGCGGUGGAUGCAGGGCGAGCUGCGGCGCGGGGCCCUGUGGGUGUGCUCCCGGCUGAGGGACCAGCUCCUCCCGAGGCUCAGCCCACCUGUCUCCAGCCCGCUCCCACCGGAGGCAGCUCCUCCCGCACACCCGGCCCAGAAGCGCAUGCCCCCUUCCCAUCGGGCCUGAGGGGCACCAGGCUGGGCCGGCCCAGCGACUGGCCUCUCCCGGUCUGUCAUGGUUCUUGUCCUGGGUCCUGGGUGCCCACGUCCAGGCCUGGUUCUGACUCAACCUCCAGAGCUCAGAGCCUGGCCCCUGGCCCUGGAGGACCGAGGGGCGGCCUCCCUUCUUCCUCUCAGGCUCUUGUCCCGGAUGGUGUGGGUGGGUGGCCCUCAGGAGCCAGAAGGGACCCGCCAGCCCCCCUGCAGCCCCUGCUCCUUGGAGCCGGCUCCCUGGGGCCCAGCACUUCUUCCUGGGGAGAGGCCCAGCCUGUUGGUGCUCCCAGGUCACCCUGCGCCCAGGUCACCCGCCCCGUCUCAUCAGAGGGAGAAAGGAAGCAGAAGCUAUGCACAUCACAUCAUGGUUCUGGCACUGCCCUCUGGGGCCUGGCGGUGGCCCUGCUGAGGAGAAGGGCUGUUGGGGCGCCUGGCAGGGCUGCUGGCAGAGUGAGCUGAGCGCUUUAGAAGGCGGGGAAGGUGCUCAGCCCUGAGAUCGGGAGCAGAUGGGGGGAUGGGGUGCUGUGCCUGCCCUCACAUCCUUUCUCUGAGUUCUCUGUCCGGCACCAGCCCUCGGGCAUGACCCCCAUGGUCGGCUCACUCCUCAACCUCGAUCUCUCCCUUCCUACUGGGUCCACCCAGCGAGAGCCCAGAGACGGGAGGGGAGAGGAGAGAGGUUAAAGGGAUUAAAAUCUUUUCGGAAUCCCAGCUGUGCGUGCCUCUUUGGGGUGCCCACCGGCGGCCCCUACGACACCAGGCAAGUUCCUUCCUCAUCCAGUUCCUCAUUUCCUGUCUUUAAAACCAGGGGUUGGACUAGCUGGUUUCCACGGGGCCUCCAGCUCUACUCUGAGCCCAGAACAUAAACAGUACCACGCGGUCAGAUGCAGGAGAGGUGACUCCAGGAGGGACUAGCCACAGCGGAAUGGGUUUCUGACUGGGUCUUCGUGGGAGCCUAGAAUGUGGGUUGGCAGAAAGUCAUGCCAGGAGAGGGGCCUGUGGGGGCAAAAGCAGGCUGGGGGCGACCCACGGUGAGUUCCACUGACGAGGAAUCCGAGGCUCAGAGGGGCGAAGCGCCUUGUCCCAGGAUCCACAGCCAGUCGGUGACGGAGCUGCCACUCAAGCUCAGCUCUGGCUGCACUUUAGAUACGGGGGACACAUGGGGAUUCCACUCAGGACUCCUCUGCCGCAGAGAGUCCGACGUCACUGACCUUGACCUGGACCUGUCGGAGCAGGGGUGUGGUUGGAGCCUGUCGUUCCUGGGCCCUGGUGUCCUCAGGGACCACCCUGUGGGUGUGACCACCUGCCUGGGUCAGCGCCCUGCGCCUCAGACUUGCUUGACGUUAUCUCUGGCAAGCAGGCUGGUGUGUGCCAAUCUGUGGCCGUGAUCACAUGAUGCGAGUGGGGCAGCCUGUGUCCCAGCACUAAGUCCUGGUGACCUUAGGCGUCCCCAGGCAGAUACCUCAACCCCGCUGAGCUUUGCAUCUCACCCGCACAUCGGGUUGUGUACACUGACCGCAGGUGUGGUGAUGUUAAGGGAUAGCCAUGACUUUUGAGUUGUGUUAACGUAUUG